AACACAGACGUGUACGUAGACCCAUUACUAACAGGAAGUGUUUAGAAGAGUGCUGAGAUGUCGUGAAUAUCCCGAGCUUAACUCGAAUUCUAUCGUCCGUUUUUUUUUUUUUUUUUUAACUAAUGUCUGUAAGAGAAAUGUCCAGAGAGUUACAGGUAAACGUCGAGGAUCAGUCGAGCUCCACACACACUGUUACAGCCGCGAGCGACCGGAGCGCGAGCAUGGCCAUCGACCAGGACGGAGAGUGGGAUAUCAGUCUGUUUGAUGAGUUAGACGGCCUGGGAGAUGCUGAGGAGUUGUUGCAGGCUCUCGAGAAUGCAGGUUAUAUUGGGAGCGCUUCUGAUGUGAACCUGGACAUGGAUCUCCCAGUCUGGAGCUCAGAGGCAUGGGGAGACACCAGCAGCAUGUGUACAGAGGGAGACAUUUUAGCAGACUCGAGCUCUCCGACACACACCUUCAGCUCAGUGUCUUCACCGUCAGCAGAGGCCCAGUCACCAUGCUCUCUAUUUGACGAUGCUCCGUCUCCGCUUUCGCCUCAGUCUCAGCCCUCUCCGCUCUCCGUCUGCUCCGACUCCAGCAGCUCUGUUGACCUGCCUCCUGAGAAGAAGCUGGUCAGGAAGACCAAUCAGACAAAAGUUAAACCUGUCUUGAGGCCAAUUCACCUGAGCCCCAAAGUCUCCAUUCAGCCGAAGCCCCUUAUCACAGCACUUCCCAUCACUCAGACUGCAGGAGCCUUGCAGACCAAAACCAUCAUCAUCCAGCCGGUGCAGGCCACCAUCGUGCCCGUGGUCAAACCUGCGCCCAUCACCAUCCAGCCAGCCCCCACUGCAGGUCACUCCACCUUGCUCUCUCAGCCCACGGUUCUGCAGCUGCAGUCUCCACAGGUUGUUCCUGCAGGUCCCCAAGUGCUCAGCAUGCCAAGCCUGGUACAGGACAGGCCCACAAACCUCACCACCCCUGCCGCCUCCUUGCCUGUCCUAGGCAUCCCGCUCAGAAACCCUCCAUCAGAUGAGGAUUCCAGCAUGUCACGACGACAACAGCGGAUGAUCAAGAACAGAGAGUCUGCAUCUCUAUCACGGAAGAAAAAGAAAGAGUACUUGCUGACCUUGGAGGCCCAUCUAAAAGUUGCACUGUCUGAGAAUGAGAAGCUAAAAAAUGAAAAUGGCACACUGAAAAGGCAAUUGGAGGGACUGAUGAAUGAAAACACCAUUCUUAAGGCAACUGCUCCAAAACGACGGGCCGUGUGUCUCAUGGUUGUCCUGCUUUCCUUGGCCAUCAACAUUGCACCAAUGAGUCUUUUUAAAGAGGAUGGAAACUCCAGCUUUGCAGCAGGCCCUAGUCCCAGUAGCAGACAUCUGUUGGGCUUCUCGUCAGACAGUGACAUGGGGGACAGCAUACAUGAUUCUCUGUCUGCUCAAAAGUUGGAAUCAAUGCCAGAGGAAAAGGCUCUUAUGGUGGUUAAAAGGGAUCCACUCCUUCUCAGAACUCCUCCUCCUCCUUGCCAGCCUUCUGUAAACAGGACCAAGUGCAUAAAGAUAGCCAGUGAGCUGAGGGGUUGGGUCCACCGCCACGAGGCAGAGCGCACAAAGAACCAGCGAAACAGCAGCACUCACUCUAGAGCCAGAACAAUCACGAAAAUGGCAAGUAAGAAAGCGGAAGUGGCUCAGAUUGUGACCGUGCAGUACACAGACUCUUCUGAUAAGCAUUCAGGCAACGAACUGCAGGUCUACUACGCCCCUCACCACACUUACAGCAAUUUCUUUGAUGAGAUCAACCGAAGAGGAGACACCUUCUAUGUGAUCUCUUUCCGCAGAGAUCACCUUCUCCUUCCUGCCACUAACCACAACAGAGGAAGCAGACCAAAGAUGUCCCUUGUGCUCCCAGCAAUGAAUAUAAAUGAAAGUUUGAUAAAGGACAAGGAGUUUGAGGUGAUGAUGCAGAUCGAAUGUGAGGUCAUGGACACCAGGAUCCUUCAUAUCAAGUCCUCCAGUAUCCCACCGAUCCUGAGGGUCAAUGAAACUGGACCUUUCUACCACUCUGCUCCUAAUAAGAAUCCCGCUUCACCCUCUGUCGGAGUCCUCGUGGGCUCUGCUUGACUUCAGAAACUGACCAAUUAGAAGAACUUUUGUCAUGUUUUUUUCUAUUGUUGAACACUUUUGUUUUCCAAAAAUAAUAAGUAGAAUUUUAACUUACUUUAGAAUUAUAUAUGAUUGAAAAAAAAUGAUGGGCCAAGUACUAAACCCUUAGGAACAGCACCCACCCACCCACACAUACACUUGCAUGCACACCGUCAUUAAAGCUCUCAGGAAACAAUAUUGUUGUACAUUAUUGUACAACAAGAGUAUUUGUUGUUCUGUUGUAAAGUAGUGUGUUCAUUCUACUCUGAUUCAAAUUCUUUUACGUUUUAGAUUGAUUUGUGUGUGUGUGUAUGUGGUUUGUACUCAUUUAAUUUUAGCUUUUGUGCUCUGUGAAUAUUUUUAGUUUAUAUAACUAAGUGCUAACAUGAUACAUAUACAAAACUUUAAAUUUAUGACUGCAAAUUUUAUUUUAAUAGUGUAAUUAUUGCACAAAAUAGAAAAGAUGCUAAUGUUACUUUCUCUCGUGUAAAAAAAAAAAUAAAAUUGUAGGUUCAAAUGAAGAUAAAAUAAGUACAACUGCUUAUGCACUGUAUGAUUUUAAGUGAUGCUGGUCAGUUGCUAUUAUUUUGUCUGUUUUUAAAUGUAUGAUGAAAUAAUUCAAGACAGAAAUAAACACUGGAUAUGGUUAAGUUUG